CUUGACAUAACAUUAUGGAACGUUAGCUUGAAUUUAAAUGUGUUUAUUGUAAAUGACUGUCUAACACAUAUCAGGGAUAGAAUUUGUGUUUAAAAUGAGUGCUCAUUUAUUGGAAGAAUUUUAUGCGACAUUAAAUUUCGAUCUCAUAUUUAUUAGUAUAUUAUUUUAUUUUUAUUGAAACAUAACCAUCUUUUUUUAUAUUUCAUAGUUGUUAUAAAACUUUAAAUUAAUUAUAAAUCAUUUUAAAACUAUGCGUAAGCAACAUCGCAGUUAUGUUCAAAUACGUUCGUUGACGCACGCAACUAAUUUCGUAUUUUUGACAAAACAUUAAUUUUAAAUAAAAAUGGGAAACAUGUAUUCAACGAACAGAAAAGACGCUUUGCGCAAAAACAAGAAUGUGAAUACUCAGCCAAGACAGAAGUACUUACCCGUCAGUUCGGAUGUGGGAGAUAACAAUGGAAACAGCCAAGUGGUACCUCUUCCGGAAUUUACUGAUAGACAAAAAGACCUCGUGAUUGAGUCUUGGAAAGUUGUAAAGAAAGACAUGGAUCAAGUUGGAAUAGCGAUGUUUAUGAAAUUAUUUGCCAGCAAUCCUGACGUCCAAGGCGUAUUUGCGCCUUUUAAAGGUAUGACCCAAGAGGAGCUCAUUCAAAGUAAUCAACUGCGGUCUCACGCCAUGCGAGUGAUGGGGACUGUCGACAAGUGCCUUAGCUUAUUUGAAGACAGACAAAAAGUCGUGGAAACUUUGCACGAUCUUGGAUCUCGCCAUGUCAUGUACACAGCAAAAGUUGAUUAUAUGGACUUGAUUGGACCGCAAUUUAUAUUGGCUAUUCAGCCUGUGUUAGAGACGGAAUGGUCAUCGGAACUUGAAAACGCAUGGUCAGAUCUCUUCAAAUUUAUCGCCCAUAUAAUGAAAGCAGCUAUGACAUUCUGAUGACGUUUUGGUAAUAUUUAGAAGAAGGCAGACAUAUAAUAAAAUCAUACACUGUAAUAAUCACAUUGUAUUCGCCGCUUUGUGAUUUAAUAGUGGAAAAGAGUGUUCAUGAUCACCUUUACACCAUGCGAUUGCAGAAAAAGAAACGGCGCAAAAAUAUAGUAAGGAUGCUAAUAAUGUUCAAUAUGCCGACACGAUCAAUAGUAUUAUCAAAGUGCGUGUUUAAACUAAGUGAUUGUGCUAUAUAUUUUAAAGUUGAUUUAAGUAUGCUUGUAAUUUAGAACGAGAACAGCACCAUGUUGUUAUAGAACAUCAUACAGAGAAAAAUAUCGAAACGUUUAUGCCAUAUGUGUGCACAAUGUUGAUUGAGUUGUAAUUUUCACAGAAGAUAUGACAGCAUACUUAUAUCAAAAGGUAAUUAAAACAACCAAUUGUUUACACCUGGCAAAAUAUUCAAUAUAAUAUUGUUUUGCGACAAUCAUAUGCAAGCAUGCUAUUUUUUCUUGUAUUGAUUUAUAUAGAAUACAAACAGCUCUAGAAAACCAUUUUCGGAUUGUUAGCUGCAGGAUUUGUCAUUUCUGAAGUCUCCAUCAAAAACCAAUUACCACGACACACAUCUCUUGUUUGUCCUUGUUAGCAAGCAUAACAUGUGAUGCGUGAUCGCAUUAGUUUUCUUGUGGGAAUCAGAUAUUAAACUGUAUAGUCGCUUUAUGAAAGCGGACACCUUCACCUUUUAACAGUAUGAUUCCAAUUACAAAUGUUUAUUGAAUGACUCAGUGUUUUUAAGGCAAAUGUCGAUACAAAAAACCGUAUCUAUACAUAUAACGU